AUGGAUUUUGACCCAAAUGAAUUGGCUAACAUUGACGAAUCAUUUGAUAAUGAUGAAGAACCUGUUGAUUUAGUAAGAGAUAUUGUCAAUAUGGAUAUUCCUGAUUCAGAGGAUACUGAAUCAACAAUCACAGAUCAAUCAUCGGAAAUGGCUAGUAACUCUAAUGACAAGCCUUCAACAUCUAAUACUCAACAUGUCGAUAAGGAUGAUCCCCGAUCCAAACUGCAUUAUGUGAAAUAUCUCAAUAGAGAAGGAAAAACUUUCAAAGUUUGGGAGUGUGGAAUUUGUUCCAAGGAAUUUCGUCAUCAAUAUACAUUAAUGCGUCACUUGCCUACACAUACUGAUGAACGAAAUUUCAAAUGUGAUGCAUGUGGUAAAGCUUUUCGUCAAUUAUCAACUUUGAGUCAACAUAAAGCUAUUCAUAGUGAUGCACGCCCAUAUGUUUGUGAAUAUUGCUCAAAAACAUUCAAUAGAGUUUCUACACUCAUAUCUCAUAGGAAGACGCAUUCUGAGCAGAAACCACAUAAAUGUUAUAUUUGCAAUAAAGGUUUCCAUCAAAAAGGUAAUCUGCGAAACCAUAUAUUUACUCACACAAACGAGCGUCCUUACAAGUGUGAUAUUUGUAACAAAGGGUUUAAUCAAAUGUCCAACCUAGUUUGUCACAAGGCCAAAGCUCAUGCGCAUUCUGAAAAAAUGCAAUAUUCAUGUAAUAUCUGUUCUCAAGAAUUUUCAAGACGAUUUUCUCUUCGUGCCCAUGAAGAAUUUGAACAUGGCAUCAAAUAUCGACACUCAAAUUCCACUACGAGCAUCAAGGAUCCUAAGAGCACUGAAAGGUUUAAUAAUUUCUUUAAAAUUCUAAACAAUUCUGUUUCUUCAGCAGAAGAUGAUAGAUCAAAUUCUUAUUCAGAUUCUUUGGAUAAAGAAUUGCCUAUGACUGAAUUUAUGGAAAACAUCCUCAUUGAUCGAAUCGAAACCAAGGCAAUGGAAGUAGCUUUGUUACAAGAGCAAACAGCCUUUGCACUAUUUAAACCAGCGAAAGGCAUUCCUGUUCUUGUGAAAGUCUCUCCUAGUGGAAGCAUGAAUCAUCUGCUUACUCCUGCAACUGCUGAUGAUUUAAAAAUGUCUGGAAAAAUGGAUGAAUCUACGCAGUUUGUGGAUCAUGGUCAAAAAUCCGUUCAAAUCAAAGUUCCUGUUGUUGCUACUGUGACAGAAAAAGUCAAUGAUGAUGGAAGAACAACUUUCAUUAUUGAACCACCAGGACCUGAUCAAGAACAAGUUUAUUCUAUUCAAAACUUGAGAGAAAAGCAGAGCUGCAGUCGACGGUGUAACCAUCGUAUUUUUGUACACUUAUUCCCUUUUCCUCUUCCCCUAGAUAACCUUAUAACACCGAUCGGCUCUGUCUCGGAAUAUCCGCUGCAUACAGAGGAAGAUUUCUCUCUAUUAGAAGAACUCAUUAGCAAUGAACAGGCUGCAGAAAAAGUAACUGGGGCCACACCAGUCGAUCAAGCUACCGAUGGGGAAUUACUUGAAUUUGCAGCAAACGAGGGUAUACAGUUUGUACGCGCAACCGAAGAUGGUCAUUAUGAAGUCAUGACCGAUGGCGAAGCUCGUGAUCUUAUGACUCAGAAUUCACAUGAUUUUGAAAUACUUGGUACUGAAAGAACCGGUUCUGUGGAUGCAGCUGUCGAAGCUAAUCAGAAUAUAAAAAACGUUCAUGAACAGCCUCUUAUUCAACCUGAAAUAAUAAUACCUGAUCAAGCUGACAUUAUGGUACUAGAUCCUAAUAAUGACCAAAAAGCUUUGACGCUAGGAGAUAUUGAAAUUCUUGAAGAUAAGGAUCUAAAACAACUAUUGGGGACGAAAUACUCUCAAGAACAGUUUGCCACCAAUUCAAAUUCAUUGGCAUUAUUGUCUCAAGUCAAGUUGAAUGAAAUUCUUGCAAUGAAACCUAUUGAUGAAAAUUCUAAUAAUUCCUUCGUAGACGAAAAUAUGAAUUCUAUUAUAGUUCCAAAUGAAAUGUCCAGUAUUCUGAACGAUCCAAAUGAACUAAUAGCAAUAGCUCCCACUGCCAUUCACAAUAAAAAUUUUCAACUUCUUGAGCAGCCAUUGGUGAAUAGUGCAAUGUUGCAACCAUCUGUAUCUGAUAUUUUUGACAAACCAAUAUUAAGGGCGACAGAAUAUCCAGUAAUACCUGAAUAUGAUUCGAGAAUGAAAAUGUUUGAUGUUGAACAUGAUUCAGAAGCUAUGUGCCUUCCUGUUCACGAAUCAAAUGGUAAAAUAUUACCAAACAUUUAUGAUGGAGUUGCUGAUCAUUGUCUGCAAGAGUCAAGUAUAAACUGUCAGGCUGAAAACUCGCUCUUCAUGGAAAGAAACUCAAUGUGUAAGGUAGAUAACUAUCAACCUCAAGUCAGAGAUUAUAAAAUGGUUAAUCCAUAUGGGCAGUUCCUUCAGCACUCAAUGUAUGAACCUAAUUAUUCACUUCCUUGUUCUUUCGAAACUUUACCUUACAACAUACCAGUUAAUGAUUUUGAUAGUAUUAACAAAAAAAUGCAAUAUUUUGACAAAAGUUAUGAAGAACAAUUUUUCCCAGUUAAUGGUUUCGAAAAUCACAAUAAUAACGAACAGAAUUUGAGUCAAGUUUUUAUGAAAGGAUCAUUCGAACACGAUGGCAUUGAAAUGAAUGUCAUGUCGAACAUUGAAAAUUAUUAUGACGAUGGACAAGAUAGAGGAAGUAUUGAUCCAGAAAUUUUCUUACAAAAAUAUGGCUUGUGUGGAAUGACAUCUGAUUAUGUAUGUUUCGAUAAUCGUCUGCCCGAUAAAGAAUUAUUACCAACUGCUCAUAGCUUCGAAAAAUAUCAUGAGUUCAUGACAAGUGAAAUACCUGAAUUAGAUUGUUAA